GCAGAGCGGGACGCGAGCGCCCCGGAAGCUGCCCCUUCUCGGGGGUCAUGAUGGGCAGCAAGAUGGCGUCUGCCAGCAGGGUCGUCCAGGUAGUCAAGCCGCAUACUCCAUUAAUCAGGUUUCCUGACAGAAGAGACAAUCCUAAACCUAAUGUGUCUGAAGCUUUGGGGUCAGCAGGGCUACCUUCUCACUCUUCUUCAAUGUCACAGCAUUCUAAGGGAAGUAAAGCACCAGACUGGCUGAUGCACCAGGGUCCACCAGAUACUGCAGAAAUGAUCAAAACAUUACCUCAGAAGUACAGAAGGAAACUUGUUUCUCAAGAAGAAAUGGAAUUUAUCCAACGUGGAGGUCCAGAAUAAUCACUCAGAAUGUGGCUGCUGUUUGUCUUCAGACAAAAGAAUGAUCUUUACAAUAAAGGACUUCCAAAAUGACAAAUGAGAAAUUGUACAUUAAACAGUUUUAAUAAAUAUUAUGUUUAAAAAAUAUAUAGAAAAUUUAGAAGGACACUUAUAUCUCCUAACUUAUGUAUCAUGGUCAGCUUCUCCACAAGCUUACCUAGAUGUUUAUAUACUUUAUACUUAUUAAAAUAUACAUUUUUCAAUAUAGCGUAUUAGUUUACUGUAGUUAUCAGAUAUUAUCGGUGUUGAACUAAGAAAAGCACACACUGUCUAGUAACUAUCUUAGUUUUCCCAUAAUUUUGCUUUUCUUUCAGCUUCUCAUUAGAAACAGUUCAUCAGGCAGAAUCGCUGCUUUUGGAAACUGAUAUUCUUGAAAUUUGGUGAAAUCAAAAAAUGACUCCAUAUUUGUUAUUCACAAAAGUUACUCAAAUACAACUGGCUUAAUAAGUAUAUGCUACUGUAAAUGAUAAAAUAGCCAAAGUAAGACAGGUGACUUUGUGGUAUUAAGAACUAGAGUUAACAUAAAUCAUUAUGUGUAAAUUUCAAUCUGAAAAACAAAAAUUACAGUAUAAGGUGGGAUAUAUAAGUCAAAAUGAGUAUAGCAUAGGUAUAAAUGUUAACUAGAAAAUUGCAUUUGAGUUCUGUUUUGAGGAUUAUUAAGAAAGUCAUGUUCUUUUUUCCAUUUUAUCAUUUUUAUUAUCAUGUAUGCAAAGUCUGAUAAGUUACUUUUCUCAAACUUAAUGUCUGAAAGCUUUAUAAAUCAACCUAAAUAUUUAUUUAUGAAACUAUUAGCAGGGUCUUCCUGUGCCAAGGGUAUAUAUAAUAUUGUGAAAGUCUCACAAACUAAAUAAAUUUAUUCCAUACCUUUAA